AUGCUUGCUGAGUCGAACAGUUUCAGCGAGACUCGAUCGGUCUCCUCUCGUGGUGGUCUCCCGACAGAAGCCACCCUCCCAGAUAAUGAGAAAAGCACCAAAGACGAACAUGUCUACAUCGCGGAUACCCUCCCUCUGCGACGCCAGAUCCCCUUCAUCCUGACCAUCUGCUCGGCCAUGUACACGAAUCAGCUCGGGCUGGGCCAGACCAUGGACAUCGUCCCGGUCAUUGGGGACUGGUACGGCAUCACCAACAGCAACGAGCUGUCGUGGCUCGUGGCCGGCUACAGCUUGACGAUUGGCACCUUUGUCCUGAUUGCCGGCCGGCUGGGCGACGACUUCGGACACAAGAAGAUGUUCGUCAUCGGCAUGGGCUGGUACGCGCUGUGGACGCUCGUCUGCGGUCUGGCCGUCUAUUCCACGCAGGUUCUCUUCAUCUUCGCCCGCGUCUUCCAGGGCAUAGGCCCAGCCGUGACCCUGCCCAACGCGAUCGCCAUCCUCGGCCAGUCGUACGCCCCGGGUCCGCGCAAGAACAUGGCCUUUGCCUUCUUCGGCGGCAGCGCCCCCUUCGGCGCCAUCUCCGGCUUCGCAACGGGCGGCCUGUUUGCGUUGGCCUGGUGGCCGUGGGCGUACUGGAGCGCGGCCAUCGCCCUCGCCGGUCUGGCCGUGGGGGCUAUCUGGACCAUCCCACCGCAGUUGAUGAGCACCACGCGCAAAACGCGGACGCUGGGCCAGAAGAUCGCACACCUCGACCUGCCCGGCUGCGUCACCGGCGUCGCCGCGCUGGUCUUGAUCAACUUCGCGUGGAACCAGGCCGCCGGGGUCGGCUGGCAAGAACCAUACGUCUAUGCGAGCUUCCUACUGGGGUGCGUCUUUGCGGCCGCCUUCUUCUGGGUGGAAUUGCACUGGUCGCCAGAUCCCAUUCUGCCCCUGGCGGCCUUCAACGCCGACAUUGCCUUCGUGCUGGGCUGCACCGCCUGCGGCUGGGCGGCCUUUGGCAUCUGGGUGUACUACGCCGCCGUCUUCGUCAUGGAGCUGAACGGCGUCAGCCCGCUGCUCCUUGCCGCCUGGUACAGCCCGGUGAUCCCCUCGGGGCUCGGCGCGGCGCUCGCGGUGGGCAAGCUGCUCGGGCGGGUCUCGGCCGCAUGGGUCAUGGUUGUCGGAAUGGUCGCGUACUUGAUCGGGUCGAUUCUGAUUGCCAGCAUGCCGACGCACCAGAUCUACUGGGGCAAUUUCUUCUGGAGCGUGCUCAUCAUCUGCGUCGGUAUGGACUCGUCCUUUCCCGCCGCGACGAUUAUCUUCUCGGAUGCCGUGCCCGCCCAGUACCAGGGCAUCGGCGCCAGUGUGGUCAUGACCGUCGUGAACUAUAGUAUCUCCCUUGGGCUGGGCUUUGCCGGGACAGUGGAGCGCAAGAUCAACAACGGGGGUCAUACACAUGACGAUAAGAAGAAGGGAUACCGUGGUGCAUUCUACUUCGAGGUCGGGUUGGCCGGGUUGGGCCUGAUGAUGAGUCUUGCCUUCGUGGUCAAGGAUAACUUGCGCAAGGCCAAGGUAGCUGCUGCGUCUGAGGCACAGCGUGUUUAA